CGAUGAACAGGAAAACGAGCUGGACGUCACCACGCCGCCACCUCCUCCGUGUUACGAGUCGGUGGCCGUCUGCCGUCAUCCCUGAGGAAACCCUGAAGAGCACCACGCUCGCUCCUGCCACUUUGACUCCACUAUGGAAGAUCAAACCGUUUUGUGGCUCUCGUGUUUUGAAGUUCGGCGCCUGCGUUGGACCUGCCAUUUGAAAAUGAAACUCGCUUCGAGGCACGAUUGAGGGAGCGGAAAACCAGUCCCGGAUGAUGAGCACUUUAAGUGGUGCUGGAAUAUUAGUCAGCUUAACAACAGUGUCUGUGACUCUGGAUUUCAGUCUGCACAGUGGUCUGAUGGCUUGGCCGUUAAGCAGCAAUUUGACUCUGAAUCAGAGUUUGCCCACGUUUGAUCCUUUCAAUACCUCGGAGAAGGAAGAAGUCUCUCGUAUGUCCAUAAGGGAGAAGAACUGGCCGGCCCUCCUGAUCUUGGUUAUCAUUGUGCUAACUAUCGGGGGGAACAUCCUGGUGAUCAUGGCCGUCUCCUUGGAGAAAAAGCUGCAGAACGCCACAAAUUACUUCCUGAUGUCCUUGGCGGUGGCGGACAUGCUGGUGGGGAUCCUAGUCAUGCCUGUGUCCCUCGUUACAGUUCUGUACGCGCGUCGAGCCAAAGCCCCAGGUGACGGCUUACCUUCCACGUGGGUGAAGAGAGGGACUAUGGAAAACAUCACUACCCAUUAUGCUUGGCCUUUGCCUAAACAGUUGUGCCCCAUAUGGAUUUCCCUAGAUGUCCUCUUUUCAACCGCAUCUAUCAUGCAUCUCUGUGCCAUCUCUCUCGAUCGGUAUGUAGCAAUACGCAAUCCCAUCGAGCACAGCCGCUUCAAUUCCCGCACCAAGGCUAUUAUGAAAAUUGCUGCAGUUUGGACCAUAUCCAUAGGGAUCUCCACGCCCAUUCCUGUCAUAGGUUUGCAGGACGACUCCCGGGUGUUCGUCAAUGGGAGCUGUGUCCUGAACGAAAGGAACUUUGUCCUCAUCGGGUCCUUCGUGGCGUUCUUCAUCCCGCUCGUCAUCAUGGUGAUCACGUACUGCCUGACGGUGCAGGUGCUGCAGAAGCAAGCCACCGUGUUCAUGUACGGGGAGAUGCCCAAGCAGAGACGGAGCAGCAUGAGCUGCCUCAAGAAGGAAAACAACACCGAGAACAUCUCCAUGCUCCAGAAUCAUGAGGGCACCUCUCACUUAAACUCCCCCGCGAACAAGGAGGCCGUGCUCUUUCGGAAGGGGACCAUGCAGUCCAUCAACAAUGAACGGAGGGCUUCCAAGGUCCUGGGCAUCGUCUUCUUUUUGUUCCUUAUCAUGUGGUGCCCGUUUUUCAUCACUAACGUCAUGUCUGUGCUUUGCACGGAAACCUGCAGCGAAAGCCUCCUGACCGAACUCCUGGACGUGUUUGUGUGGGUGGGUUAUGUCUGCUCCGGGGUCAAUCCCCUUGUGUACACACUCUUCAAUAAAACCUAUCGCAGGGCUUUCUCCAACUACAUCCGCUGCCAAUACAAGGCCAAUAAUAAAUCGACUCUGAGACAAAACCAAUGUCCAAACGUCCCCUCUACGGCUUUGUACGGGAAGGACCUUAAUUUAAACAGCUAUCGAAAUGGCAAUGAAUUCAACAGCAUGGAGCUGGAUGACAUUGAGGAGGGCUUAGAAAUGCAGCCAGGGACUUCAGAGUUGUCGAUAAAUAGCUGCAAUGUUGUAAGCGAAAGGGUGAGCUGCGUGUAGCAGAGACCCGCGGCUGCAGCCGUCUGCGGCGAUGCGUCUGCAGCCCAAACACGGUUGUGUAACAAUGUGUGUCUCCGUCGAAGAACAUUGUAAAUACUGCUUCCGAACAAAGCUUUUUUUUUUUAAACAUCCAUCUUUCCGGUCCAGUACUUUAAAUCAUAUAUACAUAUAUAUACACAGAUAUAUAUAUAUAUAUACACACACACACACCCCGCAGUGAAGUUUAAGGUUCUAUUUACUGUUGAUACUAGAUCAAAAACUAUUCGUUACUUUGCUUAUGUCACAGACAAAACGAUGACUUCCUCUUCCAGUGCAUGAACAAAAAUGCUGAAUAUUUAUCUCAGGUGGUGUUUGCUGGAGUCCAGAAUGACCUAUUAAUACUUAUAUAUUGAAUACAGGAAAAUGGUCUUGGUCAGUCUAACUUUUUUUUCAGGUUGACAGUAAAUAUGUACUUUAAUCCUCACCCAUGUCAGGGGCCAUGACGAGGCAGGGAGUGCAGGAAUUCAUCUUGCCACAACCCUGGAAGGAAAGCAGUGCCCCACCAAGCAGCAGCCGCGGCAGGCAGGGCACGGUAGGCGUGAUGUUGGGUCAGCUCUGACCACAGGUCCGUGGCAGCCGAGCUCGGUGGGCUCUGGGCACUAAAACAUAUUCAUUCAUGCCCGCAGUGAGGGGGGCCGUCCCAGUACUGCUGUGCAACCUCAGCAUGUUGGUGCGAGCUGGUCCUGGGAUCCCAGCAGUGCCGGAGGAUCAUCUGCCCUGCUCCGCCCCCUGUGAGCAUGCUACCAGGGGCAAGGCUGGGCCCACGUGGAAACAGGGCCUGCAGCUCUCCAGGCUGGGACACCCCAAAUUGGCUUUCUGUUCUCAGCCUGCUUGUGGGCAGCAGCAGGGAGCACCCGAGGGUGCCAGGGCUAGCACAUAGGGCGUGGGAGCAGGUGGGCAGGUCUACGCUUCUCACAGCAGCAGCUGGGGCAAGGGAGCGUGCAAGCCCCCCACCCCAUAAGCUUCUUGGCAUCCCUUCUCUCCAGAGCACCCUCGGUUCAUAGACGCCCUGCCCUUCCCCAGCUGCAGAGCCAGCAGUGGCCCAGACCUCACUCAUGCCAUGCAACAUCUUCCCUGCAAAGGACAAAUUGGGCCAGCGGUUGAGUCAAGAGGGACCUCAGACCUCUCCUGGCUUGCUGGUGC